AGGGUUUGCUCAUAAAUAUCAUCACCUGAGGCCGGCUAGCUGGGAAGAAGACUAUUAAUCAGUAUAUUGCGGAAAAUCGUCCCACGUGCGAAGUUGUUUACUAAACUUGUUUUGGGUUAUCAGCCAUGGCUCAGACGCAGCAAGCGAUCAGCCACUGGAGUGUGGGUCGAGGUCGGGGUCGAGGCAGGGGUUCCCGUCAACAACAAUCCUACACUCCGUCCAGACGUCCAGGAGAGGCGUCUACCCCAUCCAAGGACCAACCCUCCUGCAAAGUAGCACAAGUUGAAAAGGAUCUUUCGGCUUGUAGUUUAAACUCUGUAAGUCAACCAGAAAACAAACAUAAAACAACCUCAGGCUCCUCACCCGCAGGAACAAGGUCAUCAGGGAACACAAGUGCUCCAUCUGCUGGAGGACUGAAAACUGGAGUCACCAAACUGAAGGCCAAGUACAGCUACAAAGCCAACUUGGAUAGUCCUCUAGGAGAGAAAGAACUCACUGUGAAGCAGGGCCAGGAACUGGUCUUUGUUGAGACCUGUAAAGACAAUGAUAUGUGGUGGAAGGUCCAGACUAAGGAUGGCGAUGAAAAGGGCUUUGUGCCUUCUACCUAUCUUGAGGUGGUUACAGAAAAAUUAACCCAACUUCCCUGGCUUGCGGACAAACAGUUAACUGAAGAGGAAGAGUUACCGAAAGGUAAACGCGAGUGGAAGCCAUAUGUAUCGGCCUACCACAGAGAAGAGAAAACAAGCCAGCCUGCCACGGUGAAUAAGGAACAGUACUUCUGCAAGAUAUGUGUCAAGCAGCUCAAUGGCCCCCAGCCUUACAGUGCCCACAUGAACAGCAAAGCACACAAGGAAGAGGUUCAACUGGCCAAAGAGUAUGGAACCUACACUGAAGAUGAACACUAGAUACGUUGAGAAGGCAGGAGUACUCCUGUCAUUGAUGUGCCAAACUUAGCAGCUGAAUGGCCCCAAUCUUGAUCCAGAAUACCAAUGCCUUUAAGGAAGACAUUGUUCUGCCAAAGGGAAUGGGAUAAAUGACUGAAGAUUAAACUAUUGCCUACUGGAACAAGGAAGUCCUUGUACAGAUUCUAUGGGGAAUUACAGAGCUCAGUAGUCAACAGGUAAACUCUCUCUAGCUUUCCUUGCUGGUUGAUGUUAUGUAGCACCAGAGGUGUUGGACAAUGGUAUUGAACUGUCAAAGGGAAAGGGAUAUGUUAAUUAAAGGAAUAUUAACAUGUUGCCUACUGGAACCAGUUGGUCCUUGUUCAGAUCUAUGGAAAUUAUAGAACUUGGUAAUCAGUGGGUUAAUUGUGGCAUUGGAGGAGUUGAGCCAUGAGGGAUGAUGAUAUCUGCUACAGUAAUUAAGUCAGUGCCAAAGACAUUCUAGAAAGUGUGUGAUGUAUGUUAAGAGAUUUAAAAACCUGCUUUAUACUGCUCUAUGUAGAAUUAACAUUCUUCAAAUGGUUUUUAGAUGGGACACCUCUUGUAGGAGGGCAGCU